AUGAGAUUAUCAUUUAUUUUAGUUUUAAGUUUAUUAUUUUUAUCAAUUAACAUUAUUGCCAGUUCAAGAGUUUUCACUCCAAACCAAUAUCAAUCAUCAUUCGUCCAAUGGAUGAAAUCUCACGGUAAAGCUUAUUCACAUGAUGAAUUUGCCAGAAAAUACAGAACUUUCCAAGAUAACAUGGACUAUGUUCACCAAUGGAAUUCAAAGAACUCUGAAACCGUUCUUGGUUUAAAUAACUUUGCUGAUAUGAACAAUGUCGAAUAUAGAAAUACCUUAUUAGGUGCCUCCAUCGAAGUCGAACCAUUCAGAACUCCACGUACUUUUUCAAGAAUCCAACUCCCAACCUCAGUUGAUUGGAGAGAAAAAGGUGCUGUUCACGAUAUUAAAGAUCAAGGUCACUGUGGUUCAUGUUAUUCAUUCUCUGCUAUUGGUGCCGCUGAAUCAGCUUACUAUAUUGCUAAUGGUGAAAUGUUAACUUUAUCUGAACAAAACAUUUUAGAUUGUUCACGUAGUUAUGGUAAUGAAGGUUGCAAUGGUGGUUACAUGUUAGAAUCAUUCCAAUUCCUUCUUGAUCAAGGUGGUGCUGUCAGUGAAGCCUCAUACCCAUAUGAAGCUAAAGAUGCCAGCUGCAGAUUCGACUCUGUUAAAACCCCAAUCGUUGCUACUUUCAAUGGUACCGUUGAAAUCCGUAGAGGUGAUGAAGGUGAUCUCCAACAAGCUAUUGCCACCCAUGGUCCAGUUGCUGUUGCUAUUGAUGCUGGUCACAUUUCCUUCCAAUUAUACAAAACUGGUGUUUACUAUGAACCAUACUGUUCAUCAUACAGUCUUUCACAUGCUGUCCUUGCUGUAGGUUAUGAUACUGAUUCAGUUACUGGUAAAGAUUAUUGGAUUGUUGCUAACUCAUGGGGCUUAAAAUGGGGUGACUCAGGUUUCAUUAAAAUGGCUCGUAACAGAGGUAAUCACUGUGGUAUCAGCACAAUGUCAUCAUACAUUACUGCUUAA